ACCCAGAGAAAUGUCAAUAAGAAAAUAAUCAGAAAACGCGUCGUGUUUUUGUAUUCCCGUGCACAGAAUCCUUGCAGAGGGGGCGAAUAUGUCGUGCCAGGUGAUAAUGCAGGGCGCGGAGGCUAAGCUGUACCUGGGCCAGUACAACGGGCAGAACUGCCUGGUGAAGGAGCGCUUUUCGAAGAAGUACCGACACCCGGAACUCGAUGCGCAGCUGACGAAGGAGCGCAUCCGGGCGGAGGUGAAGGCAAUCGGGAAGUGCGCCAGCAUGGGCAUCCGCACGCCCAAGAUCUACGGACACGAUCUGAACGAGCGGAAGAUCUACAUGGAGUACUUCGAGGAGGCGGAGACCGCCAAGGACUACAUCAACGAGCUCCUGGCCUCGCCCGAGCCGUCCGCCGUGGUGGAGCGGAAGCUGGAGGAGCUCGCUGCGAGCAUCGGGAAGAUCCUGGGCAAGAUGCACGGCAACAAUCUCAUUCACGGAGAUCUCACCACAUCGAACAUGCUGAUGGUGCGGCGCGACGAUGGCCAGAAGGAGCUGGUGAUGAUCGACUUCGGACUGUCCAAGGGCAACAACAACAAUGAGUCGAAGGGCGUGGAUCUGUACGUGCUGGAGAGGGCCCUGCUGAGCACCCACAGCGACGCGCCGAAGCUCUUCCCCAUGAUCCUGAAGGUGUACAGAGAGGAGAAUGCGAAGAGCGCGGAAGCCGCGGUGGCCAAAUACGAGGAAGUGCGCGCGCGAGGCAGAAAACGGACGAUGGUCGGAUGACUGUCCAGAAUCCUCAUGCAAUUAUUCUAUUAAAUUAUCUCAGGACAACUUAAUUUUCACUGCUUUAUUUUGAUUCAAUCGAUUCUGCGAAGGCAGAAAUUUGUGUGUAGAAUUGGCUUGUUGAUAGAUUAAAGAUGACGAUGUGUUAUGAAAAUUUUCUUCCUCAAAAUUGUCGUGAAUUUCAGACGAUUCCUCAGCACCAAUGUUCUCCCCUCAACAUGAGUGAAAGAGUGGCGCGGAGAAAAUUACUCAUUUUCUCCAACUAUCAGAAAUUCGUGUGAAAUUCACAGCUGCAACACAAACAAUGCGAGUGAUUCUGUGAACCGAGAUAUCUUUAUUAUUCUUCCACAAAUAUUUAUAAUACAUUUUUUUCUUGCUUUUAUAGGAAUUAUGUGUAAUGUGUGUGUGUUUUUUUUCUGAUUUUUACUCUGUUCCUUCUGGCUAAAGUCAAAAGAAUCACAAUUUUUCUCAAAAGAAAAAGAACUACAAACAGUUUUUUUGUUUAUUAUAUGCUGCGGAAAGAUCUCUUUUCACAUUGUAUGAAAAAUGUCUGUUUUCUCCAAUGUUCUCUUACGUGGGGCGCCCAAUAUCUUUUAUUUUCCUCCAAUGCUUCUUGACACAAAUUUGUAUUCUGUCCUUCUUCAUUAAUUAAAAAAAAAGUGUGUGUUUGUGUAGAUCUCAAGAUGAACUCCUUGAAAGUAAAAUGCAAAUUAAUGUUAUUAUGCUCCUCCUUUUUUUCUCUGAAUCUCAAUCCUUCAUUCUCAUCAGCCUAAAAAGUUAUUUAAUAUCUCUUCGUCUCUCCAUCUUCGUCUUCGUGGUUAUCUCCAAAAACUCAAAAAAAAAAAGAUUCUCCAAAAUGUCGCUUCUUCAUAAUCAAACUCAUCUACAAAGAGUGUUUUCUUUUUUUCUCUAUAAUUGUAAGUACAAUCAAAGGUUAUUCACACUUGAGCUCCGCAAUCAGUCAAAAACUUUCACGCUAAAACUUCUUCUGUGGAUCUCUCAUCUGGAAUUUUGCUACCCUUUUCAACUCUGCGCUACCCUAAAAAUAUUUAUAUGGAUUUAGGAACCCCUUAAAAUCUACUUUGACACCAAUUUCCUCCAAUUUU